CAAGACGGACACAAUCACGAAGUGAGAUUGAGGUAAGGAAGCCUAUGGGUGUAGCAAGGAUAUAGCAACUUGCUCGGUGGAAAACAAGCGACUCCAAAUUACGCGCUCGCAGCUCGGUUGUGCAGCGCCUUGUUGUCGAACUUGGGUGUGCGCACCACGUGGGGGGACGGAGGAGGCUGUGGGAGCAGCGCCACACUGAUCAUAUGGGGCCGCAAGCGCCUCGGCUCAGAGUUUCACUCCGGUGACCAUCUCGGUCGGCAAUCGCUGACCACAGUACGUUCCUUCCUUCGCUCCUCCCCUGCUUCUUUGCUUGCUCCUGCUUCUCUCCUUUGCCCAUGGUCGCACCAGCGUCCGUCGGCAUCCGCGGCGUCGCCAUCGCGCUGGCCGCCGUCUCGUCCGCCCGCGCCUUUUCCUUCAACAUCGACACCAAGUCCCCAAAGUCUUGCGAGGACUUCACCGUAUCCUGGAGCGAUGCUCAGGCGCCCUAUUACCUACUCCUCACGCCGCCCUUCGGCGUACCGCGAAACUUCUCGCUCGACGAUGGCCAGACGUCAUUUACCACCCAACUACCCAUCGCGAAGUCCAAGAAGUUCGUAGCCACGAUGGUGGAUAGCACCGGCAAGGGUGUCUCCUCCGACGUCCUAACGGCUGGCGACUCGAGCUCGUCGUGCGAUACCGACGACCCGAAGACGAGCUUCGAAUUCGAGCUAAACUCGGCACUACAGCAGUGUAGACCAUACGUCUUCAGCGGCUACGGCGAGGCUAGCAAGCCCGUGACAGCAUACGGCAUUAUACCCCUGGGGGACUUCAUCACCCUGCAUCCAAAUGACAACAGCGACUCGUACGAGUGGAUGGCAAAUGCUGCAGAAGGGACUUCCAUCAUUUUCACCAUGGUCGAUAGCCAAGGGGGCCAAGGCGGUGCCUCCGACACGAAGCUUGUGGGAGCUUCCGAUGAUUCUUCCUGCCUGAACGACAGCUCCCCGACAACCACAGCAACCCCCACCGCCUCUUCGGGUAGCGAUUCGGGAAACAAGGUCUCCAUCGGGGCAAUUGCUGGUACGGUACUCGGUGCGCUAGUGUUCUUAGCAGCCGUGGUCACCCUCGGAUUGUUCUGGCUUCGCAAACGCGGGGGCGACAGACAACCAUGGGAGCAGAAGCGCAGACAGUCGCUCGCCGUGCUCGAGGUCGACCCGCCCUCGUACGAUCGCCACCAAGGAGAAUUUAUGCCCCCUGGCGGGCAGUACGACGCCGACCCCUUCGUCGUACCCCCACCAGUAACCUAUCAACCCCGCGACAGCGCCGUCCUUAGCGACUCCGACCACGCCGCAGCUCAAGCGCGCUCACGCACAAUGUCCAUGAACUCCGGCGCGCUCUCCUCCUCGACCAGCAAGGGCAUGCAGACGCCCACCACCUCCCGCUACGCCCACUCGCGCUUCAUCCUGCACACCGACGUCGAGGACGUCGAGCCGAUGCCGGACGCGGAGGGCAUCAUCGAGCUCCCGCCGCAAUACACGGAGCGCCGCAGGCGGCCGUCGGACGCGAACGCGAACUCGAGCACUGACCUGCUCGGGCGGAACGAGAAGGACGGCAGCUACGAGAUGAACACGCCGUCGACGGCGGGGGGCUCAGGCUGGCCAGCGCCGGACGGGCACGGGCACCACUAGACAUACGUGCGUGCAUCUAGUAUACCGGUGCGCGCGACGGACAUUUGUAUAAUAUCCCUUCAUCCUUCGUGUCCACCAGCUUACCUGUCCUGAGUGUAAUUAUCUAUACAGUACUGAUUCGCUACCCUCAUUGCACCUGCUGACGCGCUGCAGGCUCGAAUGUAAACGGCGUUCCGCUUGCGAUAUACUAAAGGUUGUUGGUUGAC